UGUCAUCUUUUCAGUCGCAAAACAUUAUUCCUCUCGCCACCAAUUAGUUCGAAACGAGCAAUAUUUGAGCAAAGCCGUACUUCGGUAUCAUGGCAAAGUACUUCCAAGUUAGUUUGUUCAUAAUAUUUGCAUUUAUUAGAUGCUUAAUAGCUACUAAGUGUAAUGCAGGGUCAAAUCAACAGAUUCAGCAUUGCAGCGUCUUGGACAAAAACGGCGUACUCAAUAGACUUCCGCCCGUCCUGAAGUCAGCUACAACCAUUUUCUUCAAUGGGAGCGCGAUUCGCGAUAUCGAGCCCAAAGAAUUCCACGUUUUGGACAAAGUCCAGCAAUUGUACUUAAAUAACAACAAACUCACCAAAUUAUCUCCACAAUGGUUUACUAAACUUCAGAACUUAGUCAUCGUGGAUUUAUCCGAAAACCUGAUAAGAGACGUCGGGCCUGAAGUUUUCCGUCAUUGUCCCUACUUGCGAAUUGUGAAUUUAUCUCGAAAUCAAAUUCGCAGAUUCCAUGACACUUCGGAUGAUUUCCACAAUGUGCGAGUCGAUUUGUCCUUCAACCCGUUGAGUGACCUACAAAUCGGGAGUGUUCACACAUUGUCUUUAAAUUACACGGAUUUAACGGAACUUCAUCUCAAGAAGAGCGUGAUCAACUUAUACGCAGGACAUUCACGAAUAAGCCAGUUCUCCUUCGACUUCAUCGAUUCCGAUCGGCUUGAGAUUUUGGAUCUCCAUGCAAAUAAUUUAUCUGAUAUCAGCAACAUCACGGUCCUUCAGGGCGGGCCAAAGUAUCUCGAUUUAUCACAGAAUUUCUUUGGAUCAGUGUCUCCCGCCACUUUUCUUAAUCUACAUCGCCUCCGCCAUCUGAAUUUGUCGCAAACGAUAAUUCUCAAUUUAUAUUAUGGCAUGUUCUGGAAUCAACGGGAUCUGAAAGUUCUGGACCUCUCCAAUAACCACCUGUGGAACUUCAACACGAAAAAACUCCACCCAGCGAUGCUAGACGAACUCUACAUUCAAAACAACACCAUCUUCAAACUCGUGGACGAACGGAAUAUGCUGCAGUCGCUGAAGAAACUUGGAAUAGCUGGAAACAGUAUUUUUUGCGAGGACUUAUACAAUAUCUACCAAAGUGCUAUGAUGAAUGGGGUAAAAAUUCAGACACCUGAGAACUUGCUUCAUUACGAAGAUAACAACAUAGCAGGAAUGGCUUGCGGAGAACCAAGUUAGACCCUUAUAACGACGGAGGGAAAAAUGUGUUAUCUAAUAUAAAAAUAGUGAAAUCUUUGUAACAAAAGUUCGAAAAUUAAAGUUAUUUCGGAAGCAAGAACAUCAAUAACACAGCUAACA